CCCCCUUUUGAAACAGGUGUCGUAGUUGUUCGCUCCUAAUUUUUUGGGAUCGAUUGAUUCAUCCCGGUUCGUAGCGGUACCAUACCGUAUGAAUUCUCAAGUUUUCUCGGCAAUGACACGAGGCGAUGGAAGCGUCAAAAGUUCUCAGGAAUGGACAACUAUGCAUUCCCGACGACGCUUCAACAAUCAAAUACUGCGAACCAAGAAGACAACCAGUACAGCAAUAGCUACAGCAACAGCGCACGACAACUACACCGACAGUAGAGACUAAGACAUGCAAAAAUCAGAGCACGAUUUGAUAUCACACACAGAGCCCUGCAAGAUAAUAAUAUAAUACUAGUGCAUGCGACAAUCAGGUGGUUUCUGCAUCCAUUCGAAAGCGAGCAAGAAAUUCUAACUGGAACGAAGCAAGCGUCUUAAUCACACGCAACCAAGGGAAGAUUACGGCACGGCACGCCGGGACACUAUGGAAGAGAUAAUCGAGAGCCUGAGGCCGAUCAGCAGGUGCCUGGACCGGGUCCAGUCCGUUCUGGCGCUGGACUUUUUGAACGGCCGCCUCGUCGACGUCGAUGGUCCGCAGAAAAGCCUCGGCCGCGUGGGGAUCCUGAGCUGCUUUCUCGGCACGCUGCUGGGCAUCCAUGUUUCCGCCGGCUGCGGUCUCCUUUGGUUCUCGAGCACUUUUCCGUUCUUCUUCUCCCCCCGGAGGGCGGCCGAGAUCGUGGCCUGGUGCCUCUACGUUUCCGCCAUGUGCACCUUUCACCUGAUGGAAUUUUUUGUCACCGCCUUUUACAAUCCCACGGUAGUGGCCAGCGACUCCUUUCUGGUCAACCACUCGAAAGCCUACACGGUAGCUUCGAUCAUUGCCGGCACGGAAUUCUGGCUUGGUUUCUGGUGUGGUGGUGGUGGUGGCGAAGGCAUCGACGACGAUGCUCCUUCGAAUGCUACCGAGAGUGGUUGGUGGUGGGUGACCACCAUCGUGGGCAUUGUCAUGGUGGUAUUCUCGCAGACGAUGCGUUCCAGGGCCAUGAUGAAGUGCGGGGAAUCCUUCAACCACUACAUCCAAACGGAACGUAAAGAAAACCACGUACUGGUCACCGAUGGGAUAUACACGUGGUUCCGCCAUCCGUCGUACACGGGAUUUUAUUACUGGUCCAUCGGCACCCAGGUAGUCCUGCACAACCCCUGGUCGGCAAUUCUUUUCGCGGUGGCCGGGUGGAAGUUCUUUUCGCAGAGAAUUCCGUACGAGGAACGAUCUCUGCUGCGCCUGUUUGGGGACCAGUACUACGACUAUGUCGGGCGAACCUACGUUGGAAUCCCGUUCGUGCCGUCAAUUCCAAACCGAAAAGAGGGAGCGGUGGGGAUUGGUUCGGCAUCUCACCAGAAAGAAGAGCACCGCACGGAAGAAGCCAUCGAAAUCGAGGUUGAGGCCGAGAAGGCAGACCGCGAGAAGAAGAACGAUUAACGCCAGCUAGCAGCAACUGCAACAAUUUCUCCUGACAAAAACGUUUGGAAGUGCUUGGGUGACAAAAAUGAGGGGUGAAUCGAUCGAUGCAAAAAUGCUGAAAUCAAAUUCACAAAAUAUCGCCGGUCAGAAAUCAAAACAUGUCUCUAUA